AUGUUGAUAGCUUCACAUAACUUGGCAGCACUAUUACUACCAAUGGCGGUGCAAAAUGUGACAUCAGAAGAAGACUAUGACAGGCAAUGUCAGCUCUUUACAACCAGCAGUCUGUAUGGAGAUCUGGUCAAUAUACCAUCCAGACCAAACCCAAACUUUACAGCAGCUUUGACUUGCCUGUACUUUGUUAUGGUUCAGAAUGAUACAGAUAUUAACUUGGAUGAUGAAUUACGAGUGGUAGUUAUUGGCCGAACAGGAGCAGGAAUUAGUAGUGUUGCAAACAACAUUUUAGGGAAGCCAGCUUUUGAAAGAGCAAUAUCGCUGUCUUCAAGAACUACAAAAAGCGGGAAAGACACAUCAGAAUAUGCCGGAAGGAGGCUACUGGUUAUUGAUACACCUGGGAUGUUUAACAAUCGAUUAUGGAGUAUUAACAUUUAUAAAGAAUUGAUAAAUGCAAUGCACAUGACUUCACCUGGCCCCCAUGCCAUUAUAUUUACUAUUAAAGUAGGAAGGGACUUUCACGAAGAGUAUAAAUCGUUUUCAAAUUUUAUACAUCUCUUGGGAAUUGAAGUGUGGAAAUAUUUGAUUGUAGUUUUCACAUUUAAGGACGAACUUGAUCGUGAAGGUUCUAGUGAAGAAUAUUAUGUUAAUGGCCUUUCAGACAAUUUAAAAAAAGAAAUUCGAAUAGUUCUUGUUGGACAUACUGGAAAUGGUAAAAGUGCAACGGGAAAUACCAUUAUCGGUAAAAAAAAUGGUAAAGACGCUUUCAGAGCAAGAUUGAGCGCUAGUUCGAUAACACAAGUUUGUCAAAUUGAAGAAACGAGAAGAGAUAAUAAAAAAAUUAUUGUAAUUGAUACGCCAGGGCUGUAUCCUACAAAUGAGAAAGAUAAUGAAAAAACUUUACGAGAGAUACGACAGUUAAGAGAAAAAGGAAAGGAAAAGUAUUACACAGAUGAUAAAUUGAAACAAAUAGAAAGGGAAUUACAAGAAACAGACAUGACAUUGGAUGAAAGAAGACGCAACAUAUUACGCGGAGGAAAAUGCUAUAACAUUGUUAAAAAGUGGUAUCAUUUGUGUUCCUCUAAGUAA